CCUUGAACAGAUGGACAGUAAACGGCAUCUUCAAUUAUAACGGAGACAUCUAAUCCCUACCCGUUCACUUGCUCUCCACAGCAACCAACGAAAGAAGUGCUUGUCGCCGUUGGCGGUUUCCUACUCUCCACCGCAGGUCCCCAGCGCCCAAAGAAGUACAUCGGUUUCCUGCUCACCACCGCAACCACAGAAGAAAGAAGAAACGGUGUUUCCUUCUCUUCAUCGCAACCUAAGAGCACCCUAGCCGCUUUUCACGGGCUUCACUUGUCAACGGACGUAGCCCAAUGAAUUAAGAAUUUCGACGUCUUUCAAGGAUUCUCUUCAACAUAUUCUAGGACAUUCGGUAUGUAUGCGGCUUAUUCAUCAAUCUAAUUUAGGGUUUUAAUUUGUGCAAAAUAGCUAUCCAAUAUCCAAUCAAAAUUAGAACUUUUAGGACUUGUUUGUAUGCAAAUAACUUUGAACUUAUUCUAUGAGUUUAUUAUACGAAUGCAAUGUAGUUCUAAUGCAUAGCCUCUUUCUUGUAUUGUUUUUCCAUCUUGAAACAUGUGGUUACUUUGUUAGAAUGUGCUUGAAGUUCAGAAAAUAAGAUUGAUCAUGCCAAGGAUAGAAGUUAAUUUAGUUUCUGAAGUAUUAAAUUAAUGAAUUGCUGCAGCUAACAUAUAUACUAAUGAUGAAGAAUUACAUUAUUGCAAUUUGAUAAAACUUUGAGAAUAUGGGGUGCAAAAUAUUAAGUGUAAUUAAUUAAAUGAAAAUGUACUUCAAGUAUCUCUCAUUUUUCUUUUUGAAUUUUCAUCUACUGAGUAAACGAAGAUGUUUUGUUAAAUGAUAGAUGAAGUUGCAACAUUGCAUCUAUAGUACAGAUGAAAUGUCCCGCCAAACAUACACUUAGAAAUAACUGGUUUAAGCUAAUGUUGAUUUCCAAAAUCAAGGAGGUGUUUGGAUGCACGGGGUGCAGGGGCUAAACAGGUAAAGGAAUUUGAUUGGCAUAGUUUUGAAAAUAAUCUUCCAGGCUUAUUAGUUCUUAUAUUUGUUGUUGUCCAACAGACCACACUUCAGUUUGUCAAGUGGAUCUUUCUUCCAUUAGCCACUGAUGAGGACAGCCUAAUAACCUAUUAAGAACUUAAACUGACAAUGAUUCCUAGUAGUCUAGCAUUCCUUGAAACAGAAAAUGUCCUCUGAAAGGACAAAGAUACCUUAAUUUGAUGCCUGUUUUUCUUUGGAGUCAGUGUGCUGUAUGGUUCUGUUUUUUUUUAUUUGGUUUCUAGUGUUAACAACAACAACAACAUCCAAGCCUUAAUCCCAAAAGAUUUAGUUUCUUGUGUUAACAUAUCAAAUAAAUAGUCAUUCUUCCAUUUGAUUCAUAUACUUUAACUAUACUUGUAAACUACUGUCUUCUGUCUUCACCCCCCCAAAAGUGGCCCAUUUGACCUAUGCACAACUUUUUAACUCGGACAAGUACCAUUGUCAUUUUUUCAUAUCUCAUGAAUCACACUUUCAUUUUCAAAAUUCAUUUGAUGGUUUAACCAAGUUUAUCAUAUGUAACUUCUUUAUAUCUCUUGCCGUUUUUUGGAAAAUUACAUGAUAGAUUAGCUUAAUUUGAUCAAAUUGGACCCUUUUUAGGCAAAAAAAAGUCAUUGAAACCGGCUUUCAUUUUUUAGAAUGAGGGAGAUUUAUCCAUCCUUUUUUAUCUCUGCAUAAGUUGUCGCAUUUCCUCUUAUCCUCUGCCAUAUUAUCAAUCCAUCUCAAUACAGGAGUCCUGUAAGAGUAAGCUAUAACUUAAAUUUUGUUAUCAAAUCAAUAAAGGUAUAUAUUUUAAUAGAACACAUCGAUUCAUUAAAUUAUAUAUAUUCAUUUCUUAAAUACAGAGUAUUCUUUCUUCUGAAAGCAUUUCUUUAUUUUAAACAGACUUACUAGCUAGCUAAUCAAUAACAUAAAUAUACCCAUCACAAAUUUACUCCGUAGUAAACACAUAAAUAAAUAAUAAAUAAAUAAAACUAAAGAUAUUAACCUCUCAAUGCCUUAUACGAAAGCUUCUCAGCACUUUCUCGUGAUUCCAUAUGAACAAUAGCACAAAUUAACGACUUCCCCUCAAGUAUAUUAAAGGUGAUGUACUUGAUUUAGAUGAUAUGACACCAGGAUCUUCAAAUAGAGUGCCAAGAACUUUAAUUUUUUAUGAAAUGUGAAUUCCUAAUAAGCAACAGCUCCCAUACAUAAAAAUCAACUAGGAAAUCUAAUUAGGAAGUCCAAUCAUUGGAGAUUAAGAUUUAUACUAGAUAUAGACAUCCCAUACAGUAAUUUCUUUACUCACAUAACUAGGAAGUCCAUAGGCAAUAUUUUAUUAAAUCAACUGCCUAAAUGAUUCAACUACACAUCAUUAACUUGCAACAUUCCUAACUGAAUUUAUCUAUUCUUGGAGCAGAUCUCAGUUUUCAUAGAAAGAAAUAUCGAUCUGGUCAGAGUUAAAAGUGAUAUUUUGGAGUCCACAAGCAUCAAUCCAAUUAGCACUCAUUUGUCUUGAUGGGAGAGGAUAUAUAGCAAACAUACUCGAUGUCAUAUUUAGAAGAAAGAAUACUCUGUAUUUGUCUGCAUUUAUUUUAGCUAUCGCUAUAGGCUGCUUUAAUUCAGGCAGAGCAGUAGCAGCUUUAUCCAGCUGCAAAUAACACCUAUGCAUGUGAGAGUAAUUCAAAAUUUACCACUGGUUGAGCCAAUGCUCGAAGCAACAUCAACAAAGAAUGAUAAAUGGACUAAAAAACACUCCCAACUCUGAAGUAAGCUAUCAUGAUUCAGAUGCAAAUUAGGUCUUAUUCACAAUACUUAUAUACGGAGUAUACUUAUCACACAAAAAGUGUUUAUACCUACAAAUGUCAAAUUUAUGAAAAUGGUUUUCACUGUAAAGAUCAGUUAGCUAGUACUCCACCUAAUAAUGUAAAUUCUUCUAAUUCCUUAAACAAGAAUAAUCCUGAAAUUUUUCAGCAAAUUUAUAACACCUAUUUUCAUAAUUCUGUAAAUACUUGUAAUCAAAACUAUUCAAUUGAUGUAAAUACUAAUGCUUUUGAUUGUCUUAGACAAACACCAGAUUCUUCCAAUUUGCUCUAUUACAUACACUGAUGUAAGUGGAAUCAAUCACUUAAAUGACAUGACUCAACUGCCAGUGAGAUUAGGAGCUUCCUGAGAAGAGUGUUUCGUUGUAGCCAGUCUUUACUGAACUUGGCCCAAGCAAUGCCUAAGGAGGCAAGGACUCCCAUCCCAUCAAGUCAGGAACCAACCACUUGCACUUUUUUACAUCCUUUGUCUCACAAUGCCCUCUUGGCAACGUAAGUCAUCUGGCGUCUGCACAAUGCACGACGGACCACGGCCAACUUCCCAAUCUGUGACCUUCAAGCUGCCAUCGAAGCCCAACGAAAGUUAGAUUGUCUCUGCCGCACCGUAGGGCGUCGCUUCAGUGAAUCACUUGAGCCCUGAUACCCUCAAGGGCUCCCCGUCGAAUAUCUAUUUUUCCCUGGCUAGCGCUAGCGAAGUGUAGAGCUGGGUCUUCAUUUCAGUGAUUUUCAUCCGAACAAGAGAACCCCAGGAUUGAGAGCAUCGGCGACAAGAUAGGAAGAAGAUCGAUGAAGGGAAACGACGGGAAUAGAAAUGGAAAUUGACAAGGAAGAGAGGCGGAACACUAACGGAGGCUAACGUAUUAAAUGGAUACAAUUAAAUUAAUAAAUAUUAGAGGGGCACACGAUCAAAUUAUAAGAAGUACUAGUUUCAUACCCGUGCGAUGCACGGGAAAAUAUGAUUCUUAUAUAAAAUAUAACUUUUUUUAAUAAUAUAAAUUAAAAAUGAAAUUUAAUUAUUUCCUACGUAAGAAUUGAAUUCAAUUGUAUUGUCAC